GUAAAUUACACCGACUGAUGGCGGCAACCAUGUGAAAAUCAUUUUCCUUUAUUUUGAAUAUAACGAACAUCACUGUUCUAUUAUUAUUAUUAUAGUUGGAUCGUCCUAAUAACCACCGUAUCUUAGUGUUUGUUGGUGCUCAAUUAAUUUUUGGUUGGGUGUGUAACUUGUUACCAUGGCAUCAAUCCUUGAUAUUGGGUUACCUCCCUUGACCCACCAAGACAUCUUGGAGAGUGCGAGUCGUCUGGUAGAUAAGCAUUUGGCAGAAGAUCGCAACUACCUGGAUCCAUCAGAGUUGCUCAAAAUCCCUUCGCAUUCACAACCAACCGUGAGUGGACUUCAUGACUUCGACUAUCCCAACAUGAUGGAGGCUGGGAUGAGUCCUGACUCUCUGGCUGAGUUUGUAAGCAGCAAGCGAACACCUCUACCACCACUGGUCGUUCAAGAGUUUGGACGUGUUCAGUGUAAUUUCCUGAUGGGUUUGUUCCCUGAGAUUGAAAGAGCAUGGCUGACAAUUGACAGUGACAUAUAUGUUUGGAAAUAUGAAGAUGGGUCUGAUUUAGCAUUUUUUGAUGGUCUCAAUGAAACAAUCCUUAGCACAGGCCUUGUGAAACCAAAACCAGGAAUCUUCCAGCCAUGUGUGCAAUACUUGCUGGUUCUGGCCACUCCGGUUGAUAUAGUGUUACUCGGAGUCAGUUUUAUCAAACCAUUUGAAGGUAGUUUAGCUGGCCAUGUUGAAGACGAAAUGCACCUACUGCCAGAUCCUCUUUUUUCCAUUCCCACUGACAACACAUACUUCACCUUCAUAUGCGGUACGGACAACGGGCGCAUCUUCAUGGCAGGCAAAGAUGGCUGUUUGUAUGAAAUGGUCUAUCAGGCAACAGAUGGCUGGUUCAGUCAAAAGUGUAGGAAAAUAAAUCACUCAACAAGCAAGUUUUCCUUUCUUGUGCCGUCUAUUCUCAACUUUACCUUUAGUGAAGAUGAUCCACUUGCUCAGAUUUGUGUGGACAAUUCCAGAAACAUUCUGUACACGAGAUCAGAGAAAGGAACUAUUCAUGUGUAUGAUCUUGGAACAGAAGGAAAGGACAUGACAAAGGUUACAGCUUUAUCCUCCAGUUCCAUCCUUCAAACAGCAUCCACAAUAGCUAGGACAAUAGAAAGAUCUCAUUUCGAGUCUGUGGUACACAUAUCGGCUCUCACAAAAUCCGACUCGGUAAACAUUCACCUUGUAGCCAUUACAAAAUCAGGUGUACGGUUGUACUUCACAACCACUCCGUUUGGAUCUCCAGCCCGACGUCCCUGUAUGUUGAAUCUGGUUCACAUUCGUCUUCCACCCGGGUUUUCUGCCUCCUCUGUCACCACCAGACUGACACACAAUGUGCACAUGGCUUACUACAAGAAAGGAUCACUUCUGUUGGUGGCCUCCCAGGGUGAAGAAAAUGAUCUGCUGUGGGGUGUGAGCAGUGAUUCUUUCCCAUUCCAGAAACAGCUGAUGGAAACACAGUCUGUAUUGCCAGUGGAUGGGAAAACCAAGGCUAUAUUUGAAGUGGCCGGUCAGACGACCGUGCUGACGGAGAAACGCCAGCUGAUUGUUCCCCGCCCCGACCCACCUGCUGUUGUCACUCAACACGUGGACCCGCCUCGCAAGUUCAUUGUUCUCACCUCACAGGGCUGUAACAUUUUGACAAAGCUACGUCCAGUGGAACAACUGCAUCAACUACUCAUUGACUGCCAGGGACCUGAGGCUGAGGAAGUGAAAGCUUUCUUCCGACUACACAAGUCUGAGCAUGCUGCAUGGGCUGCGUCACCUGCUUGGUUCUGGCAUGUACAAUCUGACAACUCGGGUGGCUUGUCCUGGUGCAGGCCACAUGCCAGCCAACAUCGGGCCGGUGCAGGCCACAUGCCAGCCAACAUUGGGCCGGCCUCGUAUGCAUCAGGUGGAAUGGGCAUGCACACUCCCGGUUCUCUCAGCAGUACUGUGGUGUUCAGUCCGAAUAUUCACGCUGGUUCGAGCUUUGGUCCUGUUGCUUCCCCGAUGCCAGGCAUGCAGCCAACUCACAUGUCGACACCAGCCCACGGAAUGAUGCAUGGGUAUGGACAAUCGAUGUAUCCAACCGGAGUUGCUUCCCUUCCUGGUCACAUGCAGGAAGUGAUCUUCUCGGGGAAACACAAUGGAAUUUGUAUCUAUUUGAGCCGACUUUUAAGACCUUUCUGGGACUAUAACGUGUGUUCCGAAUACCACUGCCAGACUUCACUCGGUCCAGCUUCUUAUCUCGGAAGUGCAUUCAAUGGCCAAGAACUGACGAUGACUUUGGAGCUUGUUCGUGAUCUUGCCGACUUUGUGGAUUUGAACUCUAAAUUUGAAUCUAGUGGACCUAUGGACAGUACGAUGUCCAUGAUGCAUUUCCAGCCGAGAAUGAUGGGACACAUGGAUGAAAAUACAAAGAAGAGGCUACACGCUGAAGCUCUGAAAAUUGAGAAGAUCUCUCUCCAGCACAUACAAGACCUUCUGCAUAGAAUUGAAGAAAUUUUUGGCUUGUGGAAAGUUCUAGUGGACCACCAAUUUCAUGCAGUAGCAGAAGUUCUCCCAAAGGAUCAGCAGAACCAACUGAGAACCAUGUCUUUCAAGCAGCUUGUUGUCACUGGCAAAGAGAUCUGCAGUUCUUUGAUCUCAUGCCUAAUUAAACGGUACCUGGAUGAUAAUGCCUCGAUUGAUUCCAUCAGUACCAAGCUGAGACAGACCUGUCCUUCGUUGUACAGCGUCAAUGAUGCCAUGUGCUCCAGGGCGAAUGAACUUCUGCAUGCUGCAAGGAUAAACCCGAAUGAGGUGGAGAGAAAGCAACAGUUACUGGAAACACUCAAGCUGUACAAAGAAGUAACAAUGCCACUGCAAUUACCAGCCGUUUGCAAGCAGUUUGUGGGCGUCAGUUUCUUUGAGGGAAUCAUCGAGCUCACGUUGGCUGUAGCUAAGAAAUGUGACCCCCACAACCUCGCUCUGCACUACUAUCAGAGUGGGGAGCCGCCGGAGGACCUGCAGGGUAUGCAAGUGUACAUGCAGAGAAUGGAGUGCUACAGUUGUGUGACAAAUACAUUGGCGUACCUGUGGUCGGCAAGUAUAUCCCACCCACAAGUUACCAGUGUCCCCAAGACAUCAGGACCACCACCGGCGCCCGAUCCAACCAGGAUAACUGCAGCCGAGGCUGAUAAAUAUAAAAAUCGGAUUCUUGAUCUGGGACUGAAAUCCGACGAUGCCCUGUUCCACUCGGCUCUUUAUGACUGGUUGUUUGCAACAAAUAACACCGAGAAGCUUCUUGAGAUUCAGACCCCAUUCAUUGAAGCCUACUUGAAGAGGAAGGCACAAAUACACUCUGACAAUGUUGAUGCGUUGGAUAUGCUGUGGAAAUACUACGAGAAAAUACAGAACUUCCCAGCUGCGGCAAAAAUACUUUCCAGUUUGGCAGACCGAUAUGGGUUAGAUGUCCCAUUGCAGCAGAGAAUAGAAUACUUGUCCCGAGCGAUAAUGUGUGCCAAGAGUUCGACAUCGCGGAUUAGCUCUGCUGCUGGUGGAGAAUUCCUGCACGAACUCGAGGAGAAAAUGGAGGUGGCACGCUUACAGCUGCAGGUCCAGAAAGCCAUGUGCAAGUUGCCGAUGAAUCCCGAGAUAGACGAAGCUCUCAGUCGGCUAAACUCCGAACUUGUUGACAUUACAACGCUUUAUGAAGAAUUUGCUGACAAGUUUGACUUGCCUGAAAGUAAACUGGCAAUAGUUCACUGUGCUGGACUGUGUGAUAGUGCACUCAUUGAAAACCUGUGGCAGAAUAUUAUUGACAAAGAGAUUUCAUCUCUGACCAGGACGAGCCCCCAGACCCAGGUAAAAACUCUCUCUCACCGUAUGAUCGCCAUCACCAAACUCUACGCCAGCUCAGAGAGAUACUUUCCAGUCGCUUUCAUUGUCAAGUACUUGGAGCAGAAAAGUUGUGAAUUGAACUUUGAUCCCAACUGGGUUUUCCGUGCCCUUUUGGAUGUUGGAACACAUCCAGAAAAACUACUAGAGAUAUACGACAGAAUGUUUAAGUCCAGGGACCCGUACUGGCAGCAGGACCAGAAGCUACGCCACCUGCUCAUCGUGCUGCAUGGAUUCCUGUCUCACUUUGCCGACAAUCCCACACUCAUCACAGAAAGGAGACGAUUUGCAACAAGAUGUCUGGAUGCAGUAUCAAGCUAUUUGGUUGAGCUUCAGGCUAUGAGCAGUACAGACGACAACAUUAAACACUUGAUACUAAACUUUAAGCAGCUUCAAGCCAAGUUGGACCGACUGAGAUCUGUCACUUUCUAACAACACUUGCGAAAGCUACUAGUAAUGUUUAAUGUUGUGCCAUACACCUGACUAAAUUUACAGUAUUGAAUACACAUAGCAUGAAUACAUAUACACCAUUAAUACAGAAUAUACCAUACACUACUACUUCAAGUACAAUAUGACAAACAGUCUAUGCACACAGUGUGAACUGUAGGUAAAUUUAAAAACAUUUUCGAAGAGUGUUUGUGAACUCUUUAGCCUGUGACAUCUAGACGUUUGACUGGUAGGUCAACUAACUUGCAUUGUGGUCAUUGGCCUGUUUUUGAACAUUAUUUUUUAAUGUCAGUUUAAGCUGCCGUGACACAUUGUACAUUUAUAUCGUUAAGCAAAGUAUGUAUUAUGAGGAUGACUUGACUUUAUUGUGAUGAAUGAUGGAUGCACAGAUUAUCUUCUCAGUGUAAUUGUGGAAUGGUUAUUUGAAAUAUUAGGUGUGUGCUUGCAAUUCAUAAAUAGCUCAGAAAGAGUUGAUGCUUUACUUUCUUGAAAUCGUACAACUAUGUGACAUAUAAUAUUAAUGAAACGGAAUAAAGAAAUUUUAUUAAAUACUUUGCUUAAUUAUGGUGCAGAAUUGAUUUUACCUAUAUACAAUGCAAAUUUGUUUUGUACAUUAUGUUUGUGAAGUUUGUAAAAUAAAAAUAUGUA